GGCUUGGCGGGGGUUUUGGGAGUUGCUGGCGCCGGGAACUGGCUAUGGCCCCGCCGCAGCGAAUGAGGCGCCCGGGGCGUGCGGGUGAAAGAUAUUCAAAGAACACCUUAAAGGGAAGAACACAUCCCAUAAACGAUGAAACUGAUCCUCAGUGCAAGCCUCCUGGUGUGUUUGAUUUUCCUGAUAAUUCUGGUAGCUCUAAGAUUGGCAGACUGGAUGAAAUUGAGAAAGAUGAAGAACCUUAUGAAACCUUUGAUCCGCCUUUACACAGCACAGCUAUAUAUGCUGAUGAGGAAGAAUUCUCCAAACACUGCAGAUUAUCCAUCCCUUCAACUCCUCCAGGACAAGAAGCAAGGCGUUUGAACACUUCCCAAAGAGAAGCACGUGAAAGCAAAUCUGUGAAAAUUAGUGCAAAAAAGCCAAGAAGAAAACUCAGGGCCAUCAGGGAUAAGUCUGAAAGCACUGAAGAAAGUGAGAUAAGAAGAAAAGUUAAAUCAGCAGGGAAAACAAGCACACAGCAACGUGAAGCUCUUCCAACUGCAGCAUCUUCAGAAUUUCCAGAGAAACCAGCAGAAUCAGUCCCUUCUAGAAGGUCAGGACGCCUUACUGCCCAGACCUCUGCUAAAAGAGAGGUGCUGGCAACAGAAAGUCAGCAGAAAACUCAGGAAAAAGGGAAGAUGUCUUCUGGCAAAAGGGAGAGACCAAGAAGUGAAGCUACAGACUCAGGUACUUCUGAUGUUGUACGUAUCUGGUGUCUAGAAGGAAAGAAAAUCAGUGACAUCAUGGAGUUGGAUAUUGUUUUGCCUGCACUGGAGAAAACCCUCCUAGAGUAUGAACAAAGAAUAGAAUCCAAAAUCUGUAAGAAAGCCAUCAACAAAUUUUAUUUUAAUAUUAAAGAAGAACUCAUCAAAAUGCUUAAAGAUGCCCACAUGUUAAAAAAGCUGAAAAGGAGGAAUGCUAAGAUGAUUUCAGAUAUCGAAAAGAAAAGGCAGCGUUUGGUUGAAGUUCAGGAUGAACUGCUUCGGUUAAAGCCAGAGCUGAGACAACUAAAAACAAGAUACACUGAGCUUAAGGAGAGAAAGUCUUCCCUUAGAAGUGCAGCAUAUUUCUUAUCUAAUUUAAAACAGCUCUAUCGAGACUAUUCAGAUGUUCAAGGGAAAGAACCAAAAGUAAAGGAAACGUAUGACUCAUCGAGCCUUCCAGCUUUGUUAUUUAACACAAGAACCGUUUUGGGAGCUGAAACUCAUCUGCAAAACAUCAACCAUCAAUUAGAGAAGCUCCUUGACCAGGAAUGAGAAGACUAGUCUCCCAAAGUGUGCCU